AUUUUUCAGUAAUUGUUGGAAUAAAAGGUAAUACUCUAGAGAUUGGAUAUCUUGAAACGGGACGACCGGAUUCCACCAUUGAAAAACAGUGGAGGGAUCACAAAAAAUUAAAUCGACUUUCUAAGGAUUCUAUUGAUUAUACCAUAAGUGCUAAACAGCAAAAGAAAAUCAAAGGGAUAAUGAUAAAAAAUAUAUUAACAAUCUUCACAAUUAAUGUCACCGGUACUGUGCUAGAAUUUCGAUGUAUGAGUAAGGAGUCUGGUAUAUACAAAUCCUGCCUUCUCAAACGUGCACCUAUUCCAUUAAGUUUAUCAAAUGCAGAUCCUGAAAAUGUAUACCAUUUAAUUCAUGCAUUAUUAUCAUUUAGAACUAGGAUUAUAUGUGUCAUGCGUAAAAUGUUAUUGGAUAAAGGUAAUGUUAAUACAGAUGAGUACAAUUCUGAUGAAACGAGAACAACUGUAUCAACACCAUCAUAA